AUGGCAAACUAUUGCAAUAGUGAUGCGGAUUGUGUACAAAUGACGGGUGAAGCGUGCAAAGAUCCCAGAGCAAUCUGUCAAUGCAAUGGUGGUACAUUUUGUACACUCAAAAAGAAAUGCGAUCCAUCCCAACAAGGAAGCGAUUGCCCCAAGAACAACGUUUGUGCUCUCUAUUCACCGGAUGAUGCUUACUACUGCCGACGACAAAUGAAGCGAUCGGUUCGCAGUUUGAACGGAUGGAUUUUUGAA